AUGGACGCGAACGAUCUUGAAACUAUCAACGCUUCGCUUGACUUUGACAGCGAUUUAAGGGAGAAAAUCCGCGAUCAAGUAACCGUAUUCGACAAGAAGACGCGAACUAUGGUCGGAUUGUUUAACAAAAUACAUUCAACCCCAUCCGACGAAAUCCCUAAGCUCCUUGACACAGUUCGCCCCGUCCUCUCAUCUUGUGCAGUGAUCACCGCUGGCUUUGCGGAAAUAAUACCACAGGACCAGUUCUGGAGAUGGAAGGACAUGUGGUCUAAUUCACUUCGAACGGCGGUCUUUGCUGCCACACUGCUGCAAUAUCUCACGGAUGGAACGUUGAUGCCCUUAUCAACAGUCUCAUCUAAUCUCGGCAUUCAAGAAGAAUGGGCUGGCCGCUUUGUGCUGCCAGCCGAGGAUUAUCUGCAUGGUUUGAUCAGCCUGGUCAAUGAACUGUCCCGCCUUGCGGUCAACGCCGUAACGCUAGGCAACUUUCAAGAGCCUAUCAAAAUCUCACUAUUUGUGAAAGAAAUCUUCGCGGGUUUCGCCCAGCUGAACCUGAAGAACGAUACCCUUCGUAGAAGAUAUGAUAGCCUCAAAUACGAUAUCAAGAAAAUCGAAGAAGUUGUUUAUGAUGUAUCACUACGAAAGUUGGCUGCUCCGAAUCAGCCGACUCACCCAUAG